UCCAUCCCGAAGGCCCGCAAAGCUCUGACGUAGUCUCCACCUCUGUUAACUAGACACUCCGCUCUCUGGUAGACUAUUGGUCAAAGAAAGCCCCCUGUGGACAUAGCUGUAUUUCAUUACUGGGUAACAAACAUCAUUUGGAUGCCGGAGGACAGUCAUUGGUGAGUCAAACUGUCUGCAAAAAAACGUCAGGAGAUUAUCGGCGCGCAGCUGGAAUGCAAGGUUGAUUCACAAAGAAGAGUGAGGAGGUAGAGAGACAACGCCGAAGACGCCGCAGUCGGACCGAAUCACACCGCACAGCCAUGAAGGGGGAUCAUUUAUUUUCCAACCUGAGAAACGCCACGUUCUACCAGCGGGUCUACCUACUGGGGGGCGAGGAGCUGCUGGUACUGCAAAGCACUGUGGGACAUCCCGCGCUGGGCGACAGCUUCCACCAGAUCACCGACUUUAACGACCUGCCCACCUCCCUUUUCGCCUGCAACGUGGACCAGUCUGUGUUUGAGGAUCAGCAGGGCAAGGAGAUGUUCGAGGCCCUGUUCCUGGCCUACGAUGAGCGGGUGACGUUUCAGCUGUUCAAGAGCUUCCGGCGUGUCCGCAUCAACUUCAGCAACCCCAAAGCAGCCGCCAGCGCCAGGAUAGAGCUGCACGAAACGCCCUUCAGAGGCAAGAAGCUCAAACUCUACUUUGCCCAGGUCCAGAACCCAGUAUCAGAUGGUGAUAACCUGCACCUGGCUCCUCCCCAGCCCUCUAAACAGUUCCUCAUCUCCCCUCCCGGCUCGCCGCCCAUUGGCUGGCAGCAGAUAGACGAGACCACGCCCGUCAUCAACUACGACCUGCUCUAUGCUGUGGCCAAGCUGGGCCCCGGAGAGAAGUUUGAGCUACAUGCAGGAACAGAGUCCACCCCCAGUGUUGUUGUCCACGUCUGCGACAGCGACACCGAGGAAGUGGAGGAACCAAAGAAUUGCCCCAAACCAAAAAUCAUCCAGACCCGGCGCCCUGACCUUCCUACUUCUCACUGAACUCUGUCCCCCUGCCACUUCCUGCCGUAACAUCGUCGACUGGAGGAAGGAGAAUCGAUCCCCUGUCUCUCUCUCUCUCACAGGAACAUUCCCCGUGUUCAGCACUCCCCACCCUACGGCCGCCCCGCCCGGGCCAGAAAGGGAAGUGCUCUCUGUUCCUCAUCCUCGUCGACAUACAGCCGUUGAUGUGCUACAUGUAUGAUUGUGUUGGCAAUACUCCAUACUUACAUCAAGAUUCAGCCACCAUACCCUCAGUGAUUGGUUCCUGUCUGUAUGAUUCUGUUGUUGUAAUGUCACACAGUUAGCAGCGAUGGGGCAGCACCUUGCUUUGAGCUCGGCCUCUGAUUGGCUUAGGGGUUGUGGCGAAUGCCCGUGUAAAGAAGCCCAUUGGUCGCCUUUAUAGACGUGUGUUAGCUUUGCUCUCGCUCCACUGCGUAUGUACCACAUGCACUGACAAUGAAUAGCGCUUCCCUCAUUAGGGCAUGCUAGCUACUGGUGGUGGGAUGAGUUGAAGUAACCUGAAAGAGCAUUAUGCUAAAUGGUCAAUACUUAGUCUUAUAGUCCCUUAAAGUUGUCAGAGGUUAUCCAUCGUGUUAUCAGUGCUGUCUGUCGACCAUGGGAAUUUCUUCAAUCUUGCCAAUGCAUGCACUGGUCUGAUAUAGUUUGUGUGUUUACUGUGUUCUGUUUUCUGUAUGUAGCUGUCAAUUUGACCUCUCUCUCUCGCUCUCUUCUCUAACUUCUCUCUUUUAUCUCCCUGUGUUUUCUGGCUAUCGGUGUUCUUCACAGAAAACAAUGCUAAUAACAGUUACAAUCCAUGCAUCUUCAAGUGAAAGCAUUAUGUACAAUGACAUUUCUGUGAUUUUUCCUCAAUGUGAAUUUUUCUGUGCCCAUGUCUUGUCCCUGAAAGUCUGUUUAAAGAAAAAGGAGUACAAGAAAACUGAAGAAAAAAAACUUAACAAAGAAAAAACGGAAUGCCUGGUGGCCACCUUUUCCUUAUAGGCUGAAAUGGAAAGCCAAUCAUAUAUCAUCACGUGAAGCCAGUCUAUAAAGUGCAUGGUUACAUUUUUCUAGAGAUAUUGUGUUGUCUGAGAAUCGUGGUCCAGUCAUGGGAUUUCCUCGUGUUUCCUUUAUGUGCCUCUGUAGGGAGCGAGAAAGAAACAUUUAUUCAAACUCAUACCGAAGAAAAUAAAUGCAUGUUGACGAUCCUGAGAGGAGUAAAACAGAAAACAAUGAUGUUAUUAUAGAGUUAUAUUACACAAAUCUUCCAAGUGCUAUUACACAGUUUCUGUCGAGAUGGUCAAGGGGAAUUACAUACUGUACUCUCACACACAACCAUGUUUGUUUUCCUUUAUUGUGUGUUUUGUUUUUCCUGUGUUGGUUCAAUGAGUGUCUUCUUGGUGUGCCUGAUUUAACUUCUAGGCUGUAGAACAAGCCCUGUACAAAUUGGACCUCCCUGUCUAGUUGUGGAGAGCUGGCGUGGUGAUCAAUUUUCUAUUGUCCAAACUAUUGACCCUUCCUGUUUCAGACAUUGCACCUACACUCUGAUUCUACAUUACUGUGACCCACUGAUUCAACCCUUGGUGCUUUUAUACACUCUAACGCCUCACUCUAAACCCUCACUGUAACCCCUCACUGUAACCCCACACUGUACAUCAUUCCAAUCCCCAUCUCUGAUAACGAUGGCUCAAAUGAUCAGAUUUGAUAACCCAGUUCAAAGUGCACUAACUGAAAUAAUUGUUUUAUUCCAACCAGCUCCAGUAGGUUGUAGUUUAAUUCCAACCAGCUCCAGUAGGUUGUAGUUUUAUUCCAACCAACUCCAGUAGGUUGUAGUUUUAUUCCAACCAACUCCAGUAGGUUGUAGUUUUAUUCCAACCAGCUCCAGUAGGUUGUAGUUUUAUUCCAACCAGCUCCAGUAGAUUGUAGUUUAAUUCCAACCAGCUCCAGUAGGUUGUAUUUUAAUUCCAACCAGCUCCAGUAGGUUGUAGUUUAAUUCCAACCAGCUCCAGUAGGUUGUAGUUUAAUUCCAACCAGCUCCAGUAGGUUGUAGUUUUAUUCCAACCAACUCCAGUAGGUUGUAGUUUAAUUCCAACCAGCUCCAGUAGGUUGUAGUUUUAUUCCAACCAGCUCCAGUAGGUUGUAGUUUUAUUCCAACCAGCUCCAGUAGAUUGUAGUUUAAUUCCAACCAGCUCCAGUAGGUUGUAGUUUAAUUCCAACCAGCUCCAGUAGGUUGUAGUUUAAUUCCAACCAGCUCCAGUAGGUUGUAGUUUUAUUCCAACCAGCUCCAGUAGAUUGUAGUUUAAUUCCAACCAGCUCCAGUAGGUUGUAGUUUAAUUCCAACCAGCUCCAGUAGGUUGUAGUUUAAUUCCAACCAGCUCCAGUAGGUUGUAGUUUUAUUCCAACCAGCUCCAGUAGGUUGUAGUUUAAUUCCAACCAGCUCCAGUAGGUUGUAGUUUAAUUCCAACCAGCUCCAGUAGGUUGUAGUUUAAUUCCAACCAGCUCCAGUAGGUUGUAGUUUAAUUCCAACCAGCUCCAGUAGGUUGUAGUUUUAUUCCAACCAACUCCAGUAGGUUGUAGUUUUAUUCCAACCAGCUCCAGUAGGUUGUAGUUUAAUUCCAACCAGCUCCAGUAGGUUGUAGUUUAAUUCCAACCAGCUCCAGUAGGUUGUAGUUUUAUUCCAACCAACUCCAGUAGGUUGUAGUUUAAUUCCAACCAGCUCCAGUAGGUUGUAGUUUAAUUCCAACCAGCUCCAGUAGAUUGUAGUUUAAUUCCAACCAGCUCCAGUAGGUUGUAGUUUUAUUCCAACCAGCUCCAGUAGGUUGUAGUUUUAUUCCAACCAACUCCAGUAGGUUGUAGUUUUAUUCCAACCAGCUCCAGUAGGUUGUAGUUUAAUUCCAACCAGCUCCAGUAGGUUGUAGUUUAAUUCCAACCAGCUCCAGUAGGUUGUAGUUUUAUUCCAACCAACUCCAGUAGGUUGUAGUUUUAUUCCAACCAACUCCAGUAGGUUGUAGUUUAAUUCCAACCAGCUCCAGUAGAUUGUAGUUUUAUUCCAACCAACUCCAGUAGGUUGUAGUUUAAUUCCAACCAGCUCCAGUAGAUUGUAGUUUAAUUCCAAACAGCUCCAGUAGGUUGUAGUUUAAUUCCAACCAGCUCCAGUAGGUUGUAGUUUAAUUCCAACCAGCUCCAGUAGGUUGUAGUUUUAUUCCAACCAGCUCCAGUAGGUUGUAGUUUAAUUCCAACCAGCUCCAGUAGGUUGUAGUUUAAUUCCAACCAGCUCCAGUAGGUUGUAGUUUUAUUCCAACCAGCUCCAGUAGGUUGUAGUUUAAUUCCAACCAGCUCCAGUAGGUUGUAGUUUAAUUCCAACCAGCUCCAGUAGGUUGUAGUUUUAUUCCAACCAGCUCCAGUAGGUUGUAGUUUUAUUCCAACCAGCUCCAGUAGGUUAUAGCUUUAUUCUACCUGCAAUAUUUUCCUAUCUGCUUUUGUUAAACAUUUAGUCAUUCUAAUUGAUAUUUUAAGCAGAUCAAAUGAUGUUGGUAAUAAUGAGCCACUAUCCUUGUGGAAGUCAUAGACUUCAAAUGACAUUGAGUACAGGCCCUUUUCUAAAAACACCAGGUUUGAAUCAUGUAUUGUAUAUGGUGCAUAUCAAAUGGUUACAAUAGUGUAUUCCUCUUCCUUGUUUUAUUUCAUACAUGCUGGCUUUAAGACACUGUUCCCUCACUGUAUGGUCAGAUAAACCAGACACAACACAAUGACAUGCCACUGUCCAAGGUAUGUACUACAGCCACCAUUACUACCCUCAAUGAGGUGACUUGUAUACAUGCAAUGGGUUUUGUUCUGGACUUUGGUGUCUUUCGCCUAGACCUCUGGUCUGUUGAAUCUGCACUCUUGUCCUGCAGUCAUAUUCCUCAAAACCUAAACACAGUAGACAGUAUGUACCUGUGUAUGAUUCAACAUGUCCAGAUAUUUGUAUUUUAUUUUCAAAUUAAAAUCAUUAUAUUAUUCUCUGUUUCUUGUAAGAGUCAGUUGGAUUGGAAGGGAAUAUCAGUGAUGGGGUAACCAAUAGGUGUAUUGUGUAAAAAUUGUGUAUGACCAUCAAUGUACUUGUCAUUCUACAUGUAACGUUACAACAACCUGCCUGCCUACACUAAGGAGACAUAUCUGUAUAUAUUAAUCAAUACUAUUUUUACUGCAUUUUUGUACAAAUAUUCAUGGUAGCCAUGUACAAGUAGUUCAAAUGAUUCUAUGGUAGUAUUAAAAUAGUUUGGUUUUAA